AUUUAAUUGAAAAAGAAAAUGCGAAAAGAGUGGAUAUUUCUUAUACUAAUGGGAUGUAUUAUCUCAAUAGUAAUACUCUUUCAUUUAAGUAAAUAUAGCACAACAAUUCAGCACCAUUGGAGAGCACAUAUUCCAAGGAGAACUAAUACCGCUAUGGCAAGCAAUAUGUCAAUUGCAAACAACCUACAACCACAAGCACCACACAACAUUGACUUCAUUCAGAGAAACAAGGAACUUAUUGACAAAAUCAGCAAGAAUUCGAGACACAACAUUCCAAGAAACAACAAACUUAUUGACAAAAUCAGCAAGACUUUAAUAAGCAACAUUACAAGAAACAAGGAACUUAUUGACAAAAUCAGCAAGACUUCGAGACACAACAUUCCAAGAAACAACAAACUUAUUGACAAAAUCAGCAACACUUUAAUAAGCAACAUUACAAGAAACAAGGAACUUAUUGACAAAAUCAGCAAGACUUUAAUAAGCAACAUUACAAGAAACAAUGAAUUUAUUUACAAAAUCAGCAAGACCUCAAUACGCAACAUUACGAGAAACAACAAACUUAUUGACAAAAUCAGCAAGACUUUAAUACACAACAUUAUGGGAAACAAUGAACUUAUUGACAAACUCAUCAAGACUUCAAGACGCAACAUUCCGAGAAACGACGAAAGAGACAUAACCAACAAUCAACUCCCUAUGACAUAUAAUGAUAGUAGAGUAAAGAUAUCACAGCAAAGGAACAGCCUACCCCCUGAGCUGGUAGAAGUCAAAGCAAGAGCACAGAUGAUCGCAAACAAUAAAGUUGUCGUUGCAAUCACUAUGGUUAACAUGGGAUACCUAUCACUAACCUAUAGCUGGCUAUGUAACACAGUCAAUAUGAACGUACAUGAUAAUGUCCUUAUUGUAGCUACAGAUAGGAGAACUUAUGAAAAACUCCAGCAAGACUGGCCAAAUGUUGCCUCUGUCUUAUACCCACUAAAUGAAGACCAGGGGUCAAACUUAAAUUACAAUGCUCUUAACUAUGUCAAGUACAUGUUAAAUAGGUCCAACUUAUUGCUAGCUUUGUUGGGCUUCAACAUACCAUUGUUAUUGUUUGAAGUUGAUGCUGUGUGGUUUGCAUCACCGUUUCCACUAAUUCAUAGUCUCUCUUACUAUGAUCUAGUAGGAGCAAAAAUUGCAACCACAGAACAAAUGGCUGGAGGUUUUCUUUUCAUGCAACCCACUAGAGACACAUUAAAUGUAUUUACGACCGUCUCAAAUGAAUUACAGAUAUAUCUGGAUAGAUAUAAAUUCUAUAAGGGUGAUAGACAACUCCCCUAUGAGAUCAAUGAACAAACACUUUUAAAUGGAAAUCUGAAAUAUGAAAAUGGAAGGCCAAGACUUAAUUAUAAAAUCUUAGACCUUAGCAUUGUGGCUGAUGGACAGUGGUAUAAAAAAAGAGGUAAACAAUCAAUACCAUUAGUUUUAAAUAACAAUUGGAUUAUAGGUAAAGAAGCAAAGAUAAAGAGAGCGAAAAAAUUUCACCAUUGGUUUAUUGAUGAUAACAACAACUGUGAUUGGGAAGAGGUUCAAAAUAUAAUGAAGUUAGGGAAAAAUUUUCAUUGAGAAUGUCAAAGUUAUUGAAAGUGAAUGUAAAACCUUUAUCCCAUACUUAGUAGUGUUAUAGGUAAAUAACAUGUGGGGAUAUAAUCGAUAUCUGAAGUGAGCGGGUGAUAUAAUAUAUCUCCCGCUGAGGUCAGUGGGAGAUAUAUUUUUGUGAAUCCACACCCAGUUGAAUUAAGUUGAUUCACUGAGCCCACUGUGGCUUAUGUAUGAUGUUAUGAUACUUGUGAAAUACUGCCAUGAGUGUUGCUACUAGCUAUAGGGCAGAUAGGGCUUAUUUUGAUAGGCUCAUUGUAGCUAUAAAUUCUUGAUUGGAAUUUAUGGAUUCAAUUUUGGAAGAUGAGCCUAAAACCUAACGAUAAGGCGAAAUUGUAUAACAGAUUGAAAGGAAUAAAGCAAAAUAGAUGAAACAUAACUCUAUCAAUUUUAAUAUACAAAUGAAAUCUUACCUCCAUUUUCGAAGAGUAUGCAUGAGACCUGUGUAGCCUAGCGCAGAUGCCAUAUGUAGAAUAGUUAGACCUUUCUCUGCAGUCAUAUGAACCGUGCUGUUUUUCUGCCAUGUACAUUGGAUAAAUGAGUCGAUAUAACACAUCAACUUUUCCUCGAAAUGAUCAUGAGGUUGACUGAUCAGUUUGUCAUGCUGCAAAA